UAGCAUAGAGGCCGAUGAAGAUUAUGCAAGCGUAUCGCGGAGAGGAGCAGGUGGUUCGACUGUUAGGGCGGACGGUUAGCCACAUUUAGCCGCAAUGCAGGGCGAGAGACGAGAAACGAGAGACCGAAGUAGAAGGAAUUCCGGCCGAGAUGCAGCAAGUUCACAACUCUCCACACUCCAGGUUCUAUUAGCGCGUCAAGUGAGCCGCCCACUCAAGGAGGAUAGAGGCACGCGAUGCUGCUUUUUGAGAUGCUUGCAGCGGAAUGAAUGCCACGCUCCACGGCACGCGCUGAGGAAACUUGGCCUUGACGAGGUUUUGCUGAGUUUUGCAAGGCAUAUGGAGACCUUGGCAGUUUGUUGCAGCUCGUGCUGCUGCAUCCUAUGGACAGAUGGAUAGUGGAGAAUGAAGAGAGACGGGUGUGCGAGCAGGAGGAACAGUAGUACGUGACGACCUGUGUAACCCUCGGCCCGUGCACGCUCGGCUUCCAUUCUACACCGUUACUCCUUUCCUACUGUAGUAACCGUUGUGU